UGUGUGUGUGUGUGUACUCGUGCUCCGAAAACACUUGACAAUGAAUAAAGAAGGUCCUUAUUGCUGCUAUUCCGCUGCUGAUUUAACUCUCUGUCCCAUCGAUAAAUCACACCUGUUGCUUAAGCGGCGCCUCACAAAUCACGUAUGGAAGAAACACCCACAAGAGUGGCCGGCGUGGAAGGAGGAGCAGCUAAAUCAACAGGUAGCAAGAUUGAAUGAAAAAAUUGAAGAGGACCGGCAGUGGUACGCCUUGCAAACUCAAAGGCAACAAAAAAAACAGCAACAGAAUUGGACGGCGGGACCAGUCACAACAACAACAACAGCAGAUGAUGAUUGGGAUACCAACAGUUGUAGUUCGUAUCAAACGACAACAGAUUGGACGGGACCAGUCACAACAACAGCAGAUGAUGAUUGGGAUACCAACAGUUGUAGUUCAUAUUUAGAUUUUUUAAAAAAUAAAAAAACAUAGUAUAGAAAAAAAUGUUUUGCAUUUCACACAGAUCCAAUCCUCGUUAAUCAUAAAAUUCGUCGGGAAUUAUUAGAAUAGUUAUCUGUAAAAAAAAAAAAAAAAAUCUAUAACUUUAACCUAGGGGGG